UCACUUGUCUUUAUCUCUACUGUAUAUGUAGGCAUUCUAAUAGGACACUUGUCAAUUGUGUUUACAUGUAUAUGUUAAAAAAAACAUUUUAAUCAAUAUUGUAUUGAUAACUUACAGCUGGUAUUCAAAAAUAUGUAAUCCAAGCCUUUAAACGUGAGUCUUAUAGGGGUGAGGGGGAGAAUCUUGGGACUAUUCUGUUUUCCACCCCUUUCUUGUCCUAAAGCCAUGAGGUGGCGUGUAGGUUUUUAAGAGUUCAGCAGGCUCUCAAAAUGGCUUCUCGUCACACACACAAAGGACGGAGCUUCUAAUAAGUGUUGCUGCGCCAUAACGAACUGGGUGAGGUCUCGCUCGCUCUCUCGCUCUCUCUCUCCCAUUCGAGAGCGCUUCGGCGACAACCAGGGGGAGGGGGAUAUUCUCGACGUUUCCACACUCAAAGCAAGGCGUUUUUACACCCAGUCGAGAGAGGUGUAACUAUAUCCGGAAUGGACGUACAUUUAAUAGGUGAAUUGACGAAGAAUUGACGCCUCGACGUGUGGAGGAAAGAAACAAAGAUGGCGACGGCUGAGGUUCACUCUCCCAAAGGCAAAGGCGGUAAUCCGAGAGCUGGCGGGGGUUGCCAUGGCAGCACCCCCUCCACAUUGCCAUAUUAGGUCAUGGGAAGUGCACGCACAAUAACCUGGUUGUUGACUGGAAAAUUACACUGCGUGCCAAAGGUUGCAAGAGGCCAUAGUAACAGUCUUUUUAAAAUAGUAAAUAGCAUAAAUGUUUUCUUGUUUUAGGUGUGUUUUGUCGUGUGGCACAUGGUGCUCACUUUUACAAUCGAGUUUCAAGGCCUGUUUUUCUUGCUAGUCGUGUUUAUUUUGGGCUGCCCGCGGCGAGCAUUCCUCCAUUAGAAAGUCACGAUGCUGUCAUUCCACUUAGCUUGGAACACCCUUCCCCCCACAGCUUCUCCUGUCAUGGACACACAACUACGAAGAAGCGUGUGUAACCAAGGUGAACAUUUUAUUACACACAAAACGUGGUUUAAAUUGACUAGUUAAGUGUAUCCACAGGCCUUAAAAAACGCCCAUUAGUGUGGCUGCCUUUCUGGAAUGUUCCACAACGGAUUGGACUGCAUGGUGAACAAAAGCUGCUUUGUUUAACAAAAAUGUUUUCUAUUCUUCGUAUAUCAUCGAAUUCUGUCAAAAACAAUCGAUAAGUAAGUUGACAAAUGCUGUUUGCCUAAAAGGUUAUAUUUAAUAUUAUAGCCUACAGUCGCCACAAUUUAAGAAUACAAUACAUACUAUGGGACUGUAUUCAUUUUUUCACCUAUUUCAUUCGGUUUGUGCAUGUAUAUAUAUAUUUUUUUAUUAAACAUAGAUGUAAAGUAUUGUGUGGAAACUGUUGCUGAAUAUCACAUGUCACGUUUACAUAACAGCCUCCUUGCUGUAAAUAGACUAUGUUUAGAAUUACUUAAUGCUGCCACAUUUAAUUGUCAAUACCUCAGCAUAAGCCAUGAUUUGCCUCAGAAUCCUGCCCCCCCCCCCCAAAAAAAAAUGAAGACAUUGCUAGUCUUUUGUGUUCCCUUAAAGAGACAGCUUGCCAAAAUAACUGAGCUCAACUUGAAAAUCCUUAAUUUACUUUAUUUACUUAAUUUACUUUAGGGGUGGUCCAAACCAGCCAAGGCCGCAUACAGUAAAAUCAAAGUAUCUUGGGGCCACUUUGAUAUUUUACAUUUUGUAAACCCACCCAUGUAGCAAUGCUAACAAGUUAUAUAUAUAUAUAGGAUAGAAGAACGAACAGCAUGCACCUCAGCUUUGUGUGCUUGGUGACAAAGUACGUUAUUACUUUUUCAGCUGUUUUGCUGUUUUACAAAUGUAAUGUUUUCUAACAGUGUAUAUUUAAAAAAUUAACCCAAGUUUAUUCUCAUAAUAUUUGGACUCUGGUAAUCCCACGGGUAUUUCGCAGCUAUCCUUUUGUUCCUAACAUUAAAAAAAUGAAAAUUGCAACAAUAUGCUUGUAAUUUUUUGUGACAUGUUAAAUUUUUUGAUAUUAUGACUAUUGUAAUAUUUAUACUAUGAUUCUUUUGUUAGUUUUUCUGUUUAAUCGUAUUUUUAAUAUGAGCUGAGGCCACAAUUCGAACCCCCCCUGUGCCAGCGUGAGCCUGAAAGAACCAUGCCCAGAUACAGACACACUAUUUAAGUUUCAUUAUCUUCUCUGUUAAGUAAAUAGAGAUAACAUUGAGGGGGGUAGGCAUGUCAUUAUCUACAGGUACGCACCACUAAUCAUAGCUGGUUUGCAUACAAUACUAGUCUUUAAUGUAAUCACAAAUCCUAUUCUUUAAUCAGUCAAUUUAUCAUCUUGAAAGUGUUUAUACUAAAAAGCCAAGCGAUUUACUUUGAAGUCUAGUUAAAGAUGUAUGUAUACAUGUAUAUGUGUGUGUGUUCGUUUUCAUUGUAUACUAUUGUGUAUAUAUAUUUAUAUAUAACAUAUGGUUGUAGGCUUUUUCUGCACAAUAACUUUGAUCAUACCUUGCUAUAAAAUGUCCACAUUUGGGAGCUGGCAUUCAGCCUAAAAGUGUGAUUACCAGGACAAACAAACGGAGGCAGUACUGCACAUGAAAGGUCCCACCCAUUAAAUGACAUACAAAAUAAAGGAAGUGGGUGCAGCCGUGGGUGCUAUUCAUAACUAGAGAUGCUAAUGCGAGCACACGGGGCAAGAAGAAAUGUGAUGGGGGUCAGGCUUUCAGUGUGACAGGAACAGGAAGUGGUAAACACACAGAGAGAAGGAUGACACAGAAAGAUGCAGGUAGUCAUACCACCAAGCAGGGGGAUGAAGUCAAAAUUGUCAUUGUGGGCGAUGGAGGCUGCGGGAAAACGUCUCUCCUGAUGGUGUACGCUAAAGAUUAUUUUCCAGAGAAAUAUGCCCCGACAGUGUUUGAAAAAUACUCCACCUCUGUGGUUCUUCGAGGGAAAGAAGUCAAAGUCAACCUGUAUGACACAGCAGGACAGGAGGAUUACGACAGGCUGCGGCCACUCUCCUACCAGGAAGCCCAUCUGAUUUUGGUCUGCUUCGACGUGACCAACCCUACCAGUUUUGACAAUGUCACCAUAAAGUGGAACCCAGAGGUGAAGCAUUUCUGUCCCAACAUUCCAGUCAUCCUAAUCGGCUGCAAGACUGACCUCAGGAAGGAUAAAGAGUCCAUCAGGAGGCUGAAGGCCAUCAAUCAAUCUCCCAUCACUUACACACAGGGACUGGCCACCCAGCAGGGGAUGAAAGCCGAGCUCUACCUCGAGUGCUCGGCCAAGUAUCAGGAGAACGUGGAAGACGUCUUCAGGGAGGCCGCCAAAAAGGCUUUGGCGUUCCAGCGCAAACACAUGGACUAUAAGAGGAAGAGGAAAUGUGUCAUUUUAUGACGAUAAGAGGACGUCGCUGCCUGUCAGUCAAAGUGGCAGCACAUCUCCUGUUGACUCAAGAUACAUGAAGGGUUUUCAUAUGCACUUUGGGAAAAACAUAAAAUAUUUAGUCAUUUUUCUUUCAUUGCCUUUUGUAUUUUUUUAUUAAAAAAACAAAGUUUAAUGAGAUUUUACUUGUUAAAAACAACUUUUUAUGAUACAAACAAGGCCAAAUAUUAUUUUUUUUAUUUUGUGAGUGGCUAUUUUUUUAGUUUGUAAAGUAGCCAAAUACUUUUUUAAAGUCAUUUGAGGGGGAAAAAGUUAUCCCUAAUACAGUAAUGAAUAUUUUCUAUUUGAAUUUAAGACAUGAUAAAUAUCCCUUAAUUUAUCACACAAUCUUGAGGGGAAAAGAAAUACAAUUAAUCAUACAUUUUUAUGCCUGUAUUGAGAAAUGGCAGAUUUCUUUCAUCAAAAAUAAUGAAAAUAGACUUUUUAAAGGUAGAAUAUAAUUCAACAACUACAAAUUCACUGGCUCAAAAUAUUUUUUUGGUUUAACUGUGUGUGCUACUUCCUGUAUCUUUCCAGCCAAACUAGUGCAGUACUGUAGUAAUAAUCUUGGGCAGCAGCGCCCACUAGUGUUAAAAACGUGAAUUAGAUCUAUGCCGUGCAGAGGCGGCAAUUACAAUUCUAUUUACAGCCAUUGAGAAUUCUGUUGUAUUUAGUAAUAUCUAAUUUGUAUUUAAAAAAAUAAAUAUUUGCAUUCCCUCAUAAA